AUGACAACACAUCCAAGGGCUGGGCCAAGAGGGGGUACUGGAGCGGCAGCGCCUGCAGGAAUGUUGAUAUGUGCCGAGGAAAUCGGCCGGCGCUCAUUCGACAAGACAGAGGAUGUAGCCCAAAGGCGUCAACUUUAUCCCCACAACGACAGGGGUGAGAUCGGAGCCUACCACACUUUAGAGUUGGGUAUCGGCCGACAAGUCACGUUGGGGAAAUCAGAAUGGGACUCAUACUGUGUUGAGAGAUUAAGUCAGGCAGUCAACCCAAUGACCAAUUCUGAUCUCAUGGCGAUUAUAAUGCAGGAGGGAACUGCCUAUGUUUGUCUGAUUACCAAGUCUAUGACUAUUGAGCGAGAUAAGAUUCAAGUCAAUAUUCCCAGGAAACGACCCAAUUUUAUGGGCGAUUUUAAUAAAGUUUGGUUAUUUGUCGGUAAAUGA